AUGUCAGAUCAAAUUGAUGUCCUUGUUUAUGGAUUGGGAGCGAUUGGCUCCUUCUAUGCCUUUAUCCUAAGUCGCUCCGACCGUGUACAGCUAACGGUCGUAGCACGUUCAAACUAUGAGGCUGUUAAAGCAAAGGGAAUUACCAUUAAUAGCGAGAAUCACGGCCAGCAUACGUUCCAUCCACACCGAGUGGUAAAAUCCGCCGCGGAUAUUCCACCAGUGGACUACAUCGUGUGCGCUCACAAGGCAAUCGACCAGGAUGAGGUAGUAGCCAAACUACAGCCAGCCAUCGACAGCAAGACUACUAUUGUCGUCAUUCAGAAUGGGGUUGGUAACGAGGAACCUUUCCGAAAGCAAUUUCCUGAGAACUCGAUCAUAACUUGUGUGACAUGGGUAGGAGCCACGCAGACAAGCCCGGGAAUUGUCGCGCAUACCAAGUCCGAAGAUAUGCAGCUCGGCUUAUUUCCUAACCCAAAAGUCGAAAACCAAGUCGAGCAAAAACGACUUGAAACAUUUGCUGAUCUUCUCCGCAAUGGCAAGACACGGUUCCAGGUCCGUGAGGAUAUGCAGACCCAGCGAUGGGAGAAGGUCGUUUGGAACGUAGCAUGGAACUCGUUGACUACGCUCACUAUGGUGGAUACACAGUCGUGGUUAAAGUCGUCAGAAGAUGCGACGGCUUUUACAUGCCAGUUGAUGCAGGAGGUCAUUAACGUCGCCCGUGGCUGUGGUGUUCCGCUGAAGGAUGGUCUGAUUGACCAGCUUAUGAAAAAGAUAAACGCCAUGCCUGGAAUUGGGAGCAGCAUGCAGACGGAUUGUAAAAGUGGACGGCCAAUGGAGAUUGAUGUUAUCUUGGGCUUCCCAGUGCGGAAAUCCCGAGAACUCGGCAUCCAAGCUCCCUAUUUGGAGACACUCUACGUUCUUCUUCGGGCGGUUGAUGGUCGACUCAGGGCUGCACGGUAG